CAGGAUGGACUCGGCGACGGUGUCGCCCAGUGCGCAAAGUCGCUGCUCGCGUGGUCCAGUCCGGAACAAGUGCCGCCGUGUCCCGCCGACAUGUCCGAAGAUACCGACAGCGAGGACAGCGAUGCCGAGGGUGGCCUGGGCAAUGUAAACAAGAUGGUGAUGCGACCACCUGGCCACAGCGGUAAAGCGAAAAAGGGUCACAUUUGCUUCGACGCUACCUUUGAGACCGGAAAUCUCGGCAGGGUGGACUUGAUCUCCGAAUUCGAGUAUGAUCUCUUUAUUAGGCCUGACACCUGUGGUCCCAGAUUACGCCUGUGGUUUAACUUCACCGUAGACAACGUGAAGGCGGAUCAACGGGUGAUCUUCAACAUCGUCAACAUCUCCAAGAGCGCCAAUCUCUUCCGACAGGGAAUGACGCCGUUAGUGAAGAGCGGCGCUAGACCGAAAUGGCAGAGGAUACCGAAAGAACAGGUAUUCUAUUACAGAUCUGCGCAGCAUCAGAAUCACUACGUACUGAGCUUCGCUUUCGCGUUCGACCGCGAAGACGACGUUUACCAAUUCGUUCUGACGUAUCCGUAUUCCUACACGCGUUACAUGGUACAUCUCGACAACCUGUGCAGCAGACUACUGUACACGAGGAGAGAGACGCUGGCUGAGUCGAUCCAAAAGAGGAAUGUAGAGCUCGUGACUAUAACCUCCGACCUCAAAGACACGGAACGACCUAGAAAAGUGGUCGUCGUCCUCGCUAGAGUUCACCCCGGCGAGUCGCCGUCCUCCUUCGUGUGUCAGGGUUUGAUGGACUUCUUGGUCAGCGCGCAUCCUAUCGCUCAGGUUCUGAGAGAAUACGUGAUCUUCAAGAUAGUGCCGAUGCUGAACCCCGACGGUGUCUUUCUCGGGAAUUACAGAUCUACCGUAAUGGGAUUAGAUCUGAAUCGAUCCUGGAAUUGCAUCUCCGAAUGGAUUCACCCUACCCUGCUCGCGACUCGAGCGAUGCUGAAGUCGCUCGAUAAGAACUCGCGCACUCCAUUGGACUGCGUUCUGGAUUUACACGCUCACACCAACGCCACGGGCGUCUUCGUCUACGGUAAUACGUACGAAGAUGUCUACAGGUACGAGAGGCACAUUGUCCUACCGAAAUUGCUAGCUCAGCACGCGGAGGACUAUGAACUGGGCAACACCAUGUACAAUCAGGACCACAACAAAGCCGGAACUGCCCGCCGUUAUUUAUGCUCCAUCCUAAAGGAGCACGUCAACUGUUACAGCAUCGAGGUCUCCAUGCACGGUUACAACAAGAAGGGAAUACCGGGUAUAAUGCCGUACACGGAAGACGGGUAUUACAGACUGGGUCGUAAUCUGGCGCGAGUUUUUUUAGAAUAUUACAAGCUUACUGGGCUCAUCCCGUCGGGGCUUCCCGAUCAGCCAUCGAGCAGACGAGCGCGUCAGUCUCGGCAGAGACAUCGUCUUCCAAGGGAGCCCAGGCCGAGAACAGUCCGAACUCCGGCGACCUUGCACCUCGCCAGCAUUUACGAGUACUUCCGGGAGGAAUCUGAGCCGCUCCCGAGCGCUCGUUACCGAUCGAUGAGCGGUACGCGGAUGGGACAGCAGCCCGGAACCGGAAUCGCGAGUGAAACUGGAACGGGCGUCGGCGGCGGGAGCAAGAGCCCGAGCUACAGGUUCCGGAGCCCCGGGGCACCGCUCGACAGGGUGCAGACCCUGACGGGGCGACCCGCCGCCGAGCCGCGGCUCACCAUUAUCGAUUUCAAUCAGCUGACGCGGGGCGGUUUGGAGCUCGCGGCCAACAAGAACAGACCAACGGUACCAUGUAAGAGGAUCGUCAAGUCGCGCAGAUAGCGAUCGUCUCGCCUCGGUUAAGGAGAGAUCCUUGGCGAACCGAUCCACCACCGUCUCCGUCAAGGACGCGAAAUUCAAAACUACCCGCCAUCGUUGCGCCAUUGUUGUCUCCUUACGUAAGAGAAUCGCCUUCGUGACAACAUUAAGCAACAUCGGUUCACGUCAAUGUGGUCGAGUAGAUGAACCAUUGCAUCGAUUCGCGCUACUUCUGUCGACGGAAAUAGAAGACUUCUCGAAGAGAGAAGGAGCGCGAGGAGCGCACCUCGGAUGCUGCUAUAUUCGCGUUUGUUAUUAAUUAAGAGACUUUCGCUUCUCUUGUACCGAGCGAUUUUUAAUUCCACGACAUUAACGAUAAUAGUGCACGUUUAUUUCCCAAAUUGUGCAACGCUCAUUCUUCCACGUAGAUACUUCGAGCCUUCUCGCACACCAUUUUCUCGCGAAGAAACAAUCUCUAAUCUUUACCUCACACUGCAUGUUUCCAAUUUCUAUUAUAUACUUGUUAAACUUGUAUAGUUGUUUAUCAUAUCGUUGUCAAUAUUACGUGAUUUAUUAACAUACACAUUUCUAUGUUCAAAGAUAAAAAUAUAUUAAUAAUAACGAUAAUAAAAAUAUACAUACAAAUAUACU